UACAGUUGAAGAAACAGUUUUAUCAGCCAUCACAACGCUAAUGUUCUUGGUAACCCCUGAUACAAUUCAAGAGAUAACAAGUCUGGCUGUAGUUGGCUGCAUGAAAGAAUUUGUAAAAUCCUCCAAUACUCGUUUUAGUAAUCUGGCAAAAAUAUUUCUUAUGUUAUUCGAUUGACCAUCUUCAACGAUAAUGAGGCACUAGGUUAGUUCAAAGUAGUUAGUGCUAGUAAGUAAAAGACUACAGGUGAAUUAGCAAAUUUGUUUUUUCAUAUAUGUAAUAGUUCUUUUUCAUUCUUUUUAUUGAUUUAUGACAGCCUAAUUACUGUCACAAAAAUCUACAUUAUUCCAUCUAUUCAAUAAAUCAAGACGAAAUUGCUCUACAAUAUAAUGGCUGUCACAGGACUUGUUUGUGUUGUAUUAUUGACAGAUAUGAUUACAAGACAUUUAAUUCCAAGGUAACAAUUGUUGAUAAAAUACGAUACAAAAGUAUUUUGCUCCAAAAAUUGAAUAGUUUACAGAAUUGUGUCCAGAUAUAAAAAAGAAACUUUUUUAAGAAAAUUGUUUAAAUUAAGAUGUGAAAUAAAAAAAGGUUGUUUAAAUUAAAAUAAGUUUUAGUAUGAAAGUUAGAGAGUAGAGCCUAAAUAUGUUAUAUUUAUAGAUAAUAUUUUUAUUGUAAUUCCAAUUGUAAUAUUCAUUGUCUCACUCAUUAAUAAUUCAUGAGGAAAACAACAGAAAUCACGACCGUGAAGAGUGUUGUAAAUCUGAUACAAAAUUGUGUUCAUUUGCUCAAUUUUUAAGUUGGAUUUUCUUGGCCAGAUUCACUUUAAUUUUGAAAAUUUUAGUGGAACACAAAGGAACUAACCUAGACGUUUGACAAGCAAUCUACUGUACUCGGCUAUGCCUCGACUUUGUAUAUCUGAUGCAACACGUUCACUCAUACUUUAUGUAAUAUAUACAAUAUGAGUGGCCGUGUUGUAUCAGAUAUACAACCACUAGCCGAAAGCGAGUGAUUGUAUAUCUCAUACAACAUGGCCACUCAUAUUGUAUAUUACUUAUGAAACGUCUAUGUGUAUACAUUCAUGUUCUACCAUAAUUUUAAAGAUAAAAUUGAAUUUGGCUGAGAGUUAAAGUUUAUGCAAAUCAGGACGAUUUUGUAUUAGAUAUACAACCUCUUCCACGGACAAUGAUUUCUAUUGCCUUUUCCUCAUUAACUAUUCAUGAGUUUUAUAAAUAUUACUUGAUACUUUUAGUCUUUACUGUAAGCACCAACUCUUAAGGUAUAAACCUUGGAAACAUACCCAAGAUAAUGCUUGGAGUGUUCAACAGCCCUGCGAUGAGAUAUUCAUCACUCGCUUUUUGCAAUAAUUCUUGCAAACACCACAGAAGCCAAUGUACCAGACUGGUUUAGUAACSUGCUACCAUUUAAGGUACUUGGACUGUUUCAGGAUGGGAAAAAAAUCUUCAAUAUUUGGUCAAUCCCUAACUGCUACUGUAAUAGUUUUUGAUGGAUUUAAGUCUAUACUUCAGCGGAAUGCGAAAUAAAAAAGCCAAAAACUUCGUAUCUAUGAAA